AUCCUCGACGUUGGUGAUGGCAGCGAAAUCCAAGGCAAGGACCCUCAUUGUUCGGAUGGUCUCCACCGCCCAGACGGGCUAUUUCUAUACAACGCAGAGGCUCCGGCUGGGUCCUAGAUUGGCGGCAGUGAAGUACGAUCCUCGAGUGAAAAGUAGGGUGUUGUUCGUAGAGAGCAAGAAGACUGCUAAGAAGUAGGCAGCAUCGUCAGCAAGCAUUUGCCCUUGCCGGUCCUCCACUGCCUCUGUCGAUCACCCCUACACCUCGCAGAAUACCCUAUGAUCACCUCUCAUGGAAAUUUGCGUGGAGCUAUCAUCACCUCACUGGCUCUACAUGACGGGCAUAUCAUGUUUUGGUGCUGUCGGAUUCGGAGCGGCACCGUGUCGUGACGCGAGCAAUAGAGACGUUU